AUGCCGGAAGAUGCUGGCUCAGCAUCGAAAGCAGUCUCUGCAUCCAUCACAAAGCUCCCUACGGAGCUCAUCGAUCAGCUAUUGAACCAUAUACCGCCUGACCAGUUGCAGCGGACGGCCCUGUCACUGAUUCAGGUUUUUCCGGAAUAUGGACUUUCCACUCGUCAUCUCUGGAUUCACUUGGUCGUCCAUCGUGGGAAACAGUUGAUACCGUUAUGGAGGAGACUACAGAGGGAUCGAAAAGUCGACGAUGGGCGCAUGAGCCAGAUGGUCAGGACAUUCUGCAUGAAAUCUUGGGCUGGUGAUGCCGACAUCUUGAACAAUGUUAUGCGAUGUCUUCCGGAUGUCCCGACCCUCUUGCUCAAUGUGGGCACCAACUUUGCACCAGAGCACCUGCAAGAAAUGUUCGAAACCUUUCGCCCUCGAUUACGCCGACUCGAGGUCAGGUUCCGUCCUUAUGUGGAGGAAGCCUCGUAUUAUCAGUUUCUCAAAGGGUCGUAUUUUGACUCUGCCGUUGAGACGAUGUUCAGAACCUGGGGAGAGAGCGAAACAUUUACACAUCUAUCUUUUAUCCAGGAUAUCCCUCCACGGACGCACAGACGAGCUCAGCAAAGUAAAGAUGCGUCAAACGUGGCAGUCGCAGUGGACGGAAUCACUGACGAUCUCGCUCAAGCAUACAUUGCGGACAGGUCCGAUGCAGAAGAUGAUGAACCGAGACCAGCCCUACCUUCUCGUCGUGGACCAUUUCCCUACUUAGGUGACUCUCUGGCCGACAGCAGACCGAAAGAAUUUGCUCAACCUAUGGUGUUUUUCGACGUCAAAUGUAUCUGGAGAUUCGGUACUUCGCCUGUGGCCCGGCACCUGACACAUCUUCGACUGCGCGUUCCAUCGAGAAAUAUCACUUCUGUACUCAUCCUUCACCAUCUGCCAGGAUACUCCAACACUGUCUUCCCAGCUUUGAGAUAUCUUGACGUCUCCACUACGAACGUACGACUGGACACCGUCUUGUCUACCUUGUUGAAGAGCUACACGCUGCUGGAGCACCUCGUCUUGGAUCGCACGAACCUUUUCGCAUUUGGAGCCGGGGAGAAGGGGUCAGAAUUGUGCAAGGACCUUGGCAGUCUUUGUGUGGCUGCUGGUCUUUCGCGAGGCAAAGAAAGAGAGCGCAGAAUCGCUCUGUGGGAUGCGACAGAACGAGCUAGGAUCGCUCAAGCGGAGAGGAUUAGGCCUCAUGAGCAACCCAACGGAAGCACACAGCAGUCGAGCGAGACUCCAGGCUCAAGCCAGAACGCUGCAGCUUCGUCAACGCCGGGAUCCGCGCUUUCACAGGAGAGACUGCCAGAGGUGUCGAGACCUCGGCGAGGCAACCGUUCAGUCGCUCAACCGACCUUUUCCAUACGAGAUCGACCUCGUCGAGGCGCCGGAUCCACAGCAGCCGCCACCGGUCUGUCUGCCGUCGAUUUGCCUUCAACUGAGCGAGCAUACUUUGUGCUUCCUCCACUGCCUUGCUUGAAGACCAUUUCAAUCGGCGGCGAAGCGCACGCCAUUGGCCCAAGCCGUGUGGACGAGUGGGAGAGACAAUUUCAAGCCGGGUGGGCCCAAAGCCUGGAACGAUUGUCGGACUGGGCGGAAUACACUGCCGAAAGAUAUGAGCGUGCCAAGCGGAAAGCUGAGGACUGGAAAGGCAAGAAUGAUGGGACCACCUCGCAGCCGUUCACUCAGAAAGGCAAGAAACCAGUCACGACAGUCAAACCACCAUUAGACGUCAGGCUUUAUCGCUUUCCCCGACCCGAUGAACCGGAAUGCUCCUUGCACAAUCAAGAUGAUCCAACUAUGGGCUUGGUAGAGGUACAAGCCGUCGAUCGAUCAUAUCUUGAUCCAUACCUCGAUGCCAUGUCAGCUUCCGAGCUACAUCUCGGUGAUCCCUCUCGUCAUCCUGCACCUUGCAUCAUGUGUACAGUUCCCGACUGUAAAGGGCCCACGAGACGCGGCGCAGGCGGUGAGAGAGUAGACGAGGUGGGAGGUAUGAAUGGAAAGCAUCGCGAAGGCUGUGGACACCUCUUAGGAAGGCAGAUAUGGGGCUGGCAGUCGGAUUAG